GAUCUUGAUACUACUACUCUUUAGAUAUUUCAAUUUUAUGUUGAUCUCUGACAUCAAGUACGUCCUUGCUCAAAAGCUAAAAUAAGUAAUGUGUCUGAAUUCCUUUGAAAUUAUAACUCUAGAUGAAGCUUAAUUUUACUAAUUGGCCGACGACCAGUAAUUGCUCCCUGUUUCUAUAGAAAGGGAGAAAAGAAAUAACGAAUCAACAUCCUUUAGCGAUAUGUCCAAAGUUCAGAUGGAAGUACAAAGUGAAGUAAAAUUUGAAGAUAAAAUGUCUAAUACGAAUGCAAGAUUAGCGAGGUAAUAUGUGCAAAGUUAUUGUAUAGUUUUGAGAGAGGAAUUGAGAGCUGUUGUAGAAGGAUGUCCUUUUGUAGGAUAACGGGGAGGAGCCGGGGCCUCCCCAAACCAAAUUACUUUCCAUUACUGCCACCCAUUAGUCCUGCUGAUGCUAAGCGCUUUUGUCGAAUUACUGGUAAAUCCUACGGACUACCAACUCAUCAUUACAUUCCUGUCGUACUUGGAUUUCACAGUCAAAGUAAAGGCAAGAAAAACAAAAAAUGUAAAAUUACAACAAAGUCAUCUGGCUUGGCGCCGCAUCAUUAUACAGCUGGAAUUCUACUAGGAGAGAAAAAAAAACACAUUAUAUUGAAAGAUUACAGAUACGUUUUUCCAAUCCUAGACGGCGAUGACGAGCAGCAUAUAGUUUUAAGAAACUUACUUAAAUCAAAAGAGCCUGUAGAGGAGGAGACGCAUUCGAAAUUUGUUUAUACAGUAGCAGAGCGUAGAUGCAGCCUUGUGUUCCCAGCUCAGCUGGAAGCAGCGGUAAGAGAUGGCGAUGUGAGAGAUGUUAUGCUCUCGAGAGACUGUGAUACUGUACUCUUGCGCCUCAAGCAAGGUAAAAACGUUUCGGUUGAUUUCCGAGAUUUGGAAAGAUUUGAUGAGCUUUAUGAUGGAUUCGGCCCUCGUGAGGAUAUCUUUAAAGAGCGACAAAGAGUCGAGGCCGAGUCUAAGAAUAAAACAAAAAAAAAGCGAGAUGGCCUUAGCUACGCUAAAAAAAUUUUUGAAGACAAGGAAAAAGCAGCGGAAGAGGAGGAACUUAAGAUAACAAAACAUGUUAAAUUAAGGAGUAUUCACGAGGAAGAUAAAGAAAAUAGACUUUUAAAUUGGAAACAAGUUGGCAUUAAACAAGACAAAUCAAAUCGACAAAUUCUUUCGAGUUCUUGUGAAUGGACAGAUAUUAGACAGCCUUUAAACAAUAUAAUUGACUGGAAAGUUUUGAAAAAUAAUGAUAAGAAUUCAGUUAUUGAAUGUACUUCUUUAAUAAAAGAAUUGCCUACUCCAGUGACAAUUGAUCCUCAAAGAAUCGAUUUAGAACAAACGAUGCUUGGCUCUUACAAUACACCCGUGUCUGAAGAAACGGGUGGGUUUGAGACUAUUGCAGUAGUUGAGCCAUUUUCGCCUUUAACUACACAGCUAGAAUACGAUGUCCAAGAGGGCAUUAAGAAUAUUUCGUCCAAUGAUCUUGAAGAAACAGCCGAUGUAUAUAAUAAAUUCGUAGCUGCUGGUGCAGAGGCAUUGCAAAUUUUACCAAGAAUUGACGAAAUUCCAAAAUUAGUGGGGCGCAUAAAUACUGGCGAUAAUGUACAAAUGCAUAACGUGAAAGGUUUAAAAAUUGAUAUAGAAUCAACUCAGAGAUUUGUCGCGGGACAAACAAUACAUACGCCCGAUGGUGAUAUUUUUGUGCCAGGGCAAACAUUACAAACGGGAAAAGGAAAUAGUUUCGUGCCUGGUUUUACAGUUCAUACGCCAGAGGGACCAGUGCUUAUUCCAGGACAAAUAAUUUCUAUUGAAGAAGAAAGUGGUAAGUUGACACCAGUUUUUGUAGCCGGACAAACAUUAUGUAGAGGCGAAAGAGAUGAUUUUGUGCAAGGGCAAACAAUUCAUACGAAUGAAGGUUCGAAGUUUAUUCCUGGACAGACUGUUUUAACGAAAGAUGGUCCGAAAUUUGUAGCUGGACAAGUAGUAGAGAAUACAUUUAUACCAGGGCAGAUUAUAACAACUGAUGAAGGUGCGCAAUUUAUGCCUGGACAAACUAUGACCGAUGAAUUAGGCCAACAGAUUUUUAUCCCUGGACAGAGUUAUCAAGUAAAUAAAAAUUGGGAAUUUAUGCCUGGACAAAGAUUAAGAAUGGAUAAUGGCAUCGAAAAGUUUAUUCCUGGUCAAACGGUAUUGAUGAAAAAUGGACUUCAAUUUUUACCUGGUCAAAGCGUAAUGACAGAAACAAAAGAACUACAGUUUAUUCCUGGAAUCGCGAUAGAAUUAGAAAAUAAUACUAAAUUUAUUGCUGGAAUGACAUUAAAUACCCCACAGGGUACAAAAUUUGUUGAAGGGCAAAUUAUACAGACUGCAGUUGGAAAGAACUUUAUACCUGGCAACACAAUCAUCGAUGAGAAUGGAUUUAAAUUUACUAAUGCUAAAAGUAUCGAUGAAGUCAACUUUUUUGAUCCCAUACCAGCCGGAAUACCAAUCGAUCCAAAAACAGCGAGUGCUAUGUUAUCUGAACAAACUGAAAUAUUUGGACACAUUAUUCAAACAGAAACAGGUUUUGAAUUUAUACCAGAAACUGUAAAAAGAUUUUCUCAAGGAAAGAAAAUAAUACCAGGACAAUUAGUACGAGGAAAAGACGGUCAUCGUUUUGUUCCUGGUAUCAUGACCGACGAUGGUUUUAUACCAGGGCAAAUAGUAAAUACAGACACAGGAGAGCAAUUUAUACCUGGGCAAGUUAUUGAUACAAGUAGUGGACCAAAAUUUGUUCCAGGUCAAAUGGUAGAAACUAGAUCUGGAUUAAAAUUUGUUCCUGGUCAAACGGUCGAUACUGAAAAUGGGCCACAAUUUGUUCCUGGACAAAUUGUGGAAACUAAAGUUGGACCAACUUUUAUUCCAGGACAAAUAAUAUCGACUGAGGAUGAAGGCUCACGAUUUGUACCAGGUCAAGUAGUUAAUACAUCAGAUGGACCACGUUUUGUUCCUGGAAGGGUUGUAGAAUCAACUGAACAUGGCAUCAUAUUUGUACCGGGCCAAAUUGUACAAACUGAAGAAGGUCCGAGAUUUGUGGCGCCAGAUUUAACAGAUACGCCAGAAGGUGAACAAGAAUUUUCAGUUCAAGGUUUUGAAGUAACUCCGGAGGAACUUAAAUUAUUGAGGCCACAACAUUUACAAUAUAAUGCAUCAACCACGCGAUAUACCGAUGUGAACAUUGAUGCCAAUAUGCUGAGACAAUUAUCAGAUGCAGGCUUGUCUAUUGGAAAAAACAUUUCGGCAGAAAUACCGAAUGUCGAUGUAGACAUGGAUUCUAAAUCAGUUGAAUUGGAUCAUGCAAUUAUUAUCGCUGAGAAAUUUGGCUUUCAAGGUAGUGCAGCCAUAAAAAUGGCACAAAUAGUUUCAAUAAUAGCGACCUUGGCGGACAAAGUGGUACACAAAAAUUUUCAAGAUAUACUAAAAAAAGGAUAUCAAUAUCAGAAUGGCCAUAGUUCUUUAAUAAAUGGUAAUUUAGUGACAAUGACAAAAUUAAAUUCGUAUAGAAAAGAAUUUAAUUUUGUAGAUGAUUGGGCACAAGAAGCCCUUAAAUCUACAUUGACUAUAGCUGUAAUGGUGCUUAUGGAUAAACAAAUUAUCAAUAAUAAUAAUAAUAUCGACGACGACGACGACGGCGACGACGACGAGGACAGAAUAAAUAAUAAUAAAUGCCAUAUUAAUGAAGAUAAUAAACGAAAUAUUGUUUUCUCAGCGAUUAGUGAAUCAUUGAAAGACUUUCUCGGGCAUGAAACUAUAUCUGUUGAUGAAUUGGUCGAUGAAUUUUUACAAAUAUUACUAGUAUCGGAGAAGAGAAAUUCUAUUUGCAAGUCAGCAGUUUUAGAUAUUCUGGACACAAGUGACAAUAAAAUUGACAUACUAAAGUCAACACUUGUAACGAAUUCGUUAAAGGAUGAAAUUGUUCUCGAUCGACUUUCUCAAGUAUUAGAAGAAGAAAAUGGAAAUGACAUCGUAGGUUCUGCAUUUAGAAGUAUGUCGCAAAAUGAUUCCAAAUUAAUUUCACGAGUUUUACAGAAAGUCUCUCAACAGGUAACUUGUAUGAAAACAGAGAAAGAAGCAGCCGCAGUCGUGCAUAAAGCUAUUAUCGAAGCUGUAGAAGAGUUUAGUGAAAUACGUUUAGAGGAAUUAUUAAAUGAUAAAAGUUCUGCUGUUCGAGAAUUAUUGCUUCAAGCCGUUGGCUUAGCUAGAGCCCUCGGAAUGUUUUCUACCGCAAGUAGCUUAUUAUCCAUAAUUAAUGAUGAAAAAUCAACUAGAGCUUUGGCUGACGAUAAACUUACAUUAGAUAUAUUAAAGAGACUGACAAUUAUGAGAAAGCUAGCUGAAGAAAGGCCUCAAUUGGUAAAUGUCUUAAGAGAAUUGAGUGUGAAUUCAGAAAGAGCGAAAAGUAAUCCAUGUUUACGAACCUUAGUUAGAGAAAGUGCAGCGCUGAUGGUAGUUCCGGAAGAAGUUACUUUAGAAACCUCCGAUGAUAUACCAAACUCUUUACUUUACGCAGACAAUAAUUUGGCAAUGGAAGACUUUAUAAUGAGAAGAAGUCGUAAAUCGUCAGCUACAUUUAUGAUUUUAAAACAAGGCUUGCAAGCCGUCGUACCACGAGAAGCCGCAAGAUCAGUUUUGACUGGUCAAACUGCAUAUACUGUUUUAGAUGAGCACGGAAUCCAACACUUCGAGCCUCUUCACGUAUUUUCGGCUUUACGAUUAAGUAAACCAGCAGCCCAUCGAUUUUCAAUGUAUUGCUGUCCGGUUGCUGAUAUUUUAGAAGAAAAUACUUAUACAGAAAAUGAUUUUACGUCAACAUAUAAUGAGUUCAAUGUAACACGGUCUAGUAGUAUAGAGACUUCCAUUAUUAGCGAGAGAUGCAGAAAGUACGAAUGUAAUGGAAUUGAUUUUUCAAAGUCUGAGCAAUCUUUCGAAUGUCGAUCUGUUAGUAGAGAAAAUACGCCAAGUUUUCGUAGAAUCAGUAGCUUAUAUCAAGACAAUAAUAACGGGAGAUUAGAAAAUUAUGUAGUGGUAAAAGAUUUCAUAUCGGAAGAUGCUGGUACGGAUUUUUCUGUUAAAGUCGGUGACAUCGUCGAAGCGAUCGAAUAUGCAGCUGAUAAUUCAAAGGAAACAAAGGUAAAUGAGACGUUGUUCGACAUAGGAGAGAUCGAGGAUCGGCUGGACAAUACGGCAGCAAGGCACAAGUUAUCCGUCCGCCCACGACGAAAAUACGCGGAUUCUCGGGCUCAUCUAAUUUCUCAGACUUCCACGAGAGUAUUAGUCCGUAGAGCUGAUGGUAAAGAAGGCUGGUUGCCGAUGUCAAUUUUAAUGCAGACCGCUUUAAGUGAAGAUAGUUUAACUUUCGCUAGUCAACGUCGACCUGAAGAUUCUCAGUUUAGGAGAGAAGCUGUUAUUAAAGAGUUAGUCGAGACUGAAGAAGAAUUUGGACGAGAUUUACAAAUGGUCGUAGAACGAUACUUAAAACCACUUGAUAACUCUGAUGUUCCAAGAGUAGUACGAGAUAAUAAGGAAAUUAUUUUUUCAAAUUUAAAGCAGAUUGCAGAUUUUCAUAAUACGGUCUUAAUCGAAGGUGUCAAAUACUAUGCGGAUCAGCCACGUAUGCUUGGCAAGACUUUUCUCAGAUUGGAAAGAGAUUUUGAUAAGCAUGUAGCUUAUUGCAGAGAUGAACCUGCUGCUCAAGAAUUACUUUUAAUCAAUGACGAAGUUCGAGAAUAUUUUGAGGAGCUGAGCCAUAAACUUGGGGAUGAUAAGAGCAUAUCAGAACAUCUGAAAUUGCCGAUACAGCGUAUCAAUGAUUACCAGCUUUUAUUGAAGGAAUUAGUUAAAUAUUCGACACGUUUGGGUGAAGAUUGCGAUGACCUUCAGAAAGCUCUGGAGUUAAUGUUAGGGAUUCCUCAUCGAGCUACUGACAAUAAAUUCAUCAGCAGCAUCGAAGGUUAUAAGGGAAAUAUCCACAAACUUGGUAGAUUGCUCACUCAUGAAUGGUUUACCGUAACAGAUAAAGAAGGAAAGAGCAAAGAAAGAUAUUUAUUCCUUUUUAAAGCACGAAUACUCAUCUGUAAAGUCAGACGCAUAUCGGAGGAUAGAUCGGUGUUUGUCCUGAAAGAUAUAAUUCGACUACCAGAGGUAGAAGUUAAAGAUCAACCAGAAAAUCAGCGGACAUUUGAGUUACACCUUAAAUCAUCAACUUCGAGUCAACUACAAAAUUAUCCAAUCACAUUAUCGGCUCACAAAGAUCCAGUUAAAUCAUUCUGGCUCAAUGAAAUUCGCCAGCAUGGCAGCGACGUCUUAGCUCUUGCUGAACACGCGGCUGACGAUUUGCAGCUAACCGAUAUUAUAGAAAUAGAUAAAGCAGUUUCGGGAGAUCAACAAAUAACCGACAUGUCUCGCCGUUACUCAUCUAGUCGCUACAGCGCCUCUUCGAAACAUGUAGAAGAAUCAUCAUAUUCGAAUUUAUCAAGAAGUCGAAUUUCAAGCGAAGUUUCUGCCUCUCAUAAAUCAAGUUCAAAUUCAAGCACUCAAAAGACUAUUACUGGAGGCUCCGUUAUUGAGUCUUCAAGUUCCUAUCAGAAAAGAAGUAUAUCUGGCGGUGAUUCUUCUAUUGAUAUUUCUAAAAUGAAAACUGCUAAAUUAGCUUUAUCGACCGAUAACACUGGCAAACCACAAUUCCAAAAAACUAUUGAAGGAUGCCAAGUGGAACAAUCUCGAGAAAAUUUGGCUAUGUUACACAUCAUAGCUGGCGAAUCUGCUACUUUCGAAUGUGUUAUGAAAUAUUCCGAUGAAUCAACUAAAAUGAUUUGGUUAAAAGAUAACAAACCCAUGGAUGAUAAGCUUGCUGAUCGAGUAAAGACAAUUAGUGAUGGCAAAACCUUCAAAUUACAAAUUGACAAUGUAUUAGAAUCGGAUUCUGGCAUUUAUAUUGCUCGUGCAGCGAACGACGAUGGACAAGCGACUUGCACAGCUCAACUUAUUGUUCAAGAACUAUCAGACGAAGAAAGAAAAGCCAAGGCAAAUGCGAAUUCUCCUAUUUUCCUAGUGCGGCUUAAGGAUACGGAAAUAUUAGAAAACACAUAUUUACGUUUUAUGAUUAAAGUUAAAGGUGAUCCCAAUCCUGAACUCAAAUUUUAUAAAGAUAAUGUACUUAUAACGUCGAGAAAUGAACGAGUUAAGAUCGUAUCAGAGAAAGCAGAAAGUGGAUUUUAUGAAAUUAUCAUUCCGGAUGUUCAAAAGGAAGAUGCAGGGAAAUAUAGUUGUACUGCAAUAAAUCGCUUUGGUGAAGCAUCAUGUGAGGCUAUCGUUUCAGUUUGUGACGAGAAAGUGAUAUUUGCAGGUUUACCCGAAGGUUUACUUGAACCUGGAGAAGAACCGAAAUUUAUAUGGACAAGAGAUGGUAUACCUUUCGAUCCUGAAGAAAGAUUCAAAGUCCUUUUCAAAGAUAGCGAGGAUACGCUUGCACUGGUUUUUCAGCAUGUGAAGCCGGAAGAUGCAGGACUUUAUACUUGUGUUGCACAGACCAGUACCGGAAAUAUUAGUUGCAGUGCUGAACUUACAGUUCAAGGAACUGUUAAUCACUUGUUAAGAGAACCACUUAAACCUGCAUUAGAAUCAGAGUCACGAACCUCGGAGGUUAAUGCUGGAGGCUCCGCUAUGUUAGAUCUUCAGGUUAAAGGCUAUCCAAAACCACAUAUCAAAUGGACCAAAAACGGAGAAGAAAUAAUCGCAGGUGGUAGGAUCAAAUAUCUUUGGGAAGAUGAAGAGUCCCUUUCACUUGUAAUUAAAAAUGUAACGGCCCAAGACGCAGGUAUUUACAAAAUUUGUGCUAAAAAUGAUCUUGGAGAAGAUAAUACACAAAUCGAACUGAUUGUUAAAUCGGCGCCAAAAAUUACUAAACGGAUGACAGAUUUUUCCGUACAAACGGGAGAAAUUAUUAAUAUGUCAGUUCAGAUCCAAGGUUCACCUACACCUGAAGUAACUUGGUACAAAAAUAAUCAGAGAAUCGAAGAAUCAAAUCGAACAAAGAUAAUGAAGGAAGAAAACGAUAUGUAUACUCUAGUGAUUGAAGAUGCGCAAUUGGAUGACUCGGGAUCAUAUUCCAUUAGAGCUAAGAAUGAAAUUAAUGAAACUUCAUUAUUCUGGGGCUUAACGGUUGUACAACCUCCGAAAAUCACGAAAAAACUUGAUAAAUCACAACUUGUAGAGGAAGGUGAUAGUUUGACAUUAUGUAUUGAAGUCGAAUCAAAUUCUGAACCAGUUGUUACAUGGAUGAAAGAUGAACGAAUUCUAAAGGAAAAUGAUCGAAUAACAUUCUCUCAAGAGGGCAAUUCGUACUCCUUAAACUUCAGUAACGUUAUUGAUAUAGAUACAGCUUCUUAUAAAGUUUUAGUAACAAAUUCUGAUGGAAAAGCAUCAGACAAAACUAAUAUUCAGGUUCGAUCUGCUCCACUGUUUAAAAAAAAAAUGGAAAAUGUGGUAGCUAAUGAGAACGAUGCAAAUAUUGAAUUCGUUACUAAAAUUAAUAGUUUUUCAAAACCGGAAGUACAAUGGUACUUUGGUGAAACACGUAUAAGUGAGACGAAAAAAGAGUAUAGUACAAGUGAAGAGGGUAAUUGCUAUAAAUUAAUAAUUAAACAAGCAAAGCCUGAAUGCGCUGGUCAAUAUACAUGCAAAGCUAAAAAUGAAAUUGGCGAAAGCAGUACUUCAGCAUCUCUUACAGUUCAAUACAGACCAAAAUUAUUGAAAAAAUUGGCUGAUCAAAAAGUUAAAGAAGGCGAUACCUUAAAAUUAACCGUUCAGGUGUCAGCAGUACCAGAAGCAGAAAUAAAAUGGUUUAAAGAUGGACAAGAGGUUUCCGCUGAUGCUAGAAUCAAAAUUACUAGGGAUAGUCAAAGAUUGGAAAACUAUGAUUUAACAGUAACGCUUUUGAAAGGUACGGACGGAGGUGUUUACGAAGUAAGAGCACAAAACGACUUGGGAUAUGUCUCCAGUAAAAGCAAAGUUAUCGUUUUAACAAAAUCUGAAGAAAUAAUCGGCGAUGUAGAAGCAGAACAGAAAAUAAUCAAUGAAGAUGUUUCAGCUGAAAGCGAGAUCUUAGAAGAUGGCCAAUCUGAAGGUCGUCUCACAGUGGAGAAGUCAAAUAAAGUCGAAGUUAUAAAAGGUACGGGUGGUGAAACAAUAACUAUUUCUGUGGCUUCAACCACGGAACAUGAAGCUACUUUGUCAGGUCCAGAUGAAAAGCAUACAAUUAGCAAAAUGAAAUCAACGAAAGUUGAGAUUCAAGAGAUAAAAAGUUCUGAUAUUGGGCCACAAGUGGAAGAAAUCGCCUCAUAUAGCUAUACAAUUCAAGAAGAAGAAAACUCGACAAAACCAGAAAACGGAGUGCUGGUUGAAGAGUUUUCCGAAACUGAAGGUAAAGAAAUGAAGGAUAGAAGAGAUAGUAAAAUCGACAGAACAUCGUUCAAUCGUGGCGUUUCCAUCGUUUCGAUAUCAGAUGAUGACACAAGCGCCAAAGGUCUUUCCCGGGACAUAAGUGCCGAUGACGUGCAGAAUUUUGAAUUUGUCGAUGAUUCUCAUACAGUUAAUGUUAAUUCUGACUUUUACGAUCAAUCCGAAGCGAGAAAAGAAGAGACGACAGAAAAAAAGAGUCUUUAUAAAGAAACAAUUAUUGAAGAACAAUCUAUUGAUGAAUCUUUUAACGAGUCUCAUACAGAAAAAGUGGAUAAUGCUAAUAAAUGCACUAGAAAAUUAUCAGAUGGACAAAUUACCGAAGAAUCUUGCGAACGAAAAUCUUUAAUUUCCAAUAAAAGACAAAUUUCAUCAGAUUCGUUAGUAUCUGAAACCGCUGAGAAACAAAAUGCGACAUUCGAAGAGAGUAAAUUAACAAAGCAAAAUUCCAUUCAAAGAAAGAGUAUUUCUCAAGAAAAGUCUGAAGAGAAUAAUAAUUCUAGAAAAAAUUCUCUAAAGGAUAAAAGUUUAUCAAGACAGAAUUCAAAAAUACAAAGGCUUGACUCUGUCGAGAGUCAAACAUUCAGCAUAAAGUCAAUUUCUAGAGUAAAUUCAAUGAAAGGAGUAAUAUCGGAUGCUGGAGAAGAAGACGACGACAUAAAAAGUUUGCUUGAACGCAGUCAACGACAGCGUUCCGUGCUAGACGAAAUUUUAGAUAAACAAGAAAAGCAAGAUGAAAAUAAAUCAGAAGUGCAAGAUGAGAACGAAAUUUUUGCUAACCAAGAAAAAGAAGAUUAUGACGAUUAUGAUGUUGAAAUAAAAGAUAGCGGUCAUAUUAUAGAUAAAGAAGAGCAAGACGAUAGUAAAAUUUCAGACGAGUCUGAAUAUGUAGACACGAAAGAACAACAUGAUAUUGAUAAAGUGCAGAAUGAUAAUGAGCCAAAUAAAGAUGAUGUAAUGUUGGAUGUAUUUGAAAAACAAGAUGAUAAUAAAUUAUUAGAGAAAAAAGAAAAAGAAAAUAAGAAUCAAUUACAAGAUGAUGAACGAGAUAAAGAUGAUUAUGAAGUAACAGAUGUAUUUGGUAAACAGGAUGAUGAUAAACGGCUAGAGGAAAAACAGAAGCAAGAUGAUGAUCAGCCGUUAGAGGUAGAAGAGAAACAAGAUGAUAAGAAAAAUAUUGAUAAGCGCGAAAGAGAUGAAGAAAUUGUAAACGUAUUUACGAACGAAGAUGACAAUACGGGGGAAGAUAAACCAGAGGAAGAUUAUACAAAUGAAUCAUUAAGUAAGCAAAUAAAGGAAGACAGUAAUAAUUCUUUAGAUAAAUGCGGAAUAAAAAUUAAUGAUGAAUGUUUGGAGAAUGAAGAAAAACUAUGUGACGGUGAAAAAGGAGCAUCUCCUGUAAUUAUAAGUUCCACAUUGGAAGAUCGUGAUAUUUAUGAAACGCAAAGUACAAUGUUUGAAGUACGUGCCACUGGUUUACCUAGACCAGAAGCGAAAUGGUAUAAGGAUGGAGAACCCUUAAAAAUUUCUAAACAAGUACAAUACACUACUAUCGGCGAAGUGUUCCAGUUAAAUGUUACAAAGGCGUUAGAACAAAAUUCCGGUAUAUAUACUCUUGUACUUACAAAUAAAUUGGGAGAAAAAUCUCUUGAAGCUUUUUUGAAUGUGGAACCUGUUGAUGAACUUCGUAAGCCGAAGAUUAUGGAACCUCUUCGAGAUGUAGAUGUAGAUGAAGGAAAAACUGGCACUUUUAAAGCAGUUAUUACCGGUGAUCCAAUUCCAGAAGCAAUAUGGAUGUUGAACAAUGAACCGCUUGAUAGCGAUGAAAAUAAACACAAUGCAAAAAUUGAAAGCAAACCAAUAGAUGAUGGACUAAAGCAAUGUACGUAUACUUUAGAAGUUUGUAAGAGUAAUCCUGAUGAUGUUGGAAAUUACACGUUGGAAGUAAAAAAUAAAUAUGGCGAAGCUGCGACUAACGCCGAGUUAAAUUUACGUAUUGUACCCAUAAUUGAAGAUUUUAAGGACUUAACAGCUCCUGUAGGCGAAUCAGUGAUUUGGGAAGCAACCAUCAAGGCAAAUCCAAAGCCUAAAGUUGUUUGGCAAUGCGACGGUCGCGAUGUUACUUUAGAUAGUCGUUUUACUACAGAGGAAGAUCAUAAAAAUAGAAAAUACAGGCUCAAAAUUAAAAAUUUAGAAAUCUGUGAUGGUGGUCGAUAUAAGAUUGUUGCAACGAAUGAAAUGGGCGAAUCAUCCGAAGAAAUGCAACUCAAACCUUACACUGAGAAGCCGAUGUUUACGAAGGAAUUAAAUAAUUAUGCGUCUGUUCGAGAUCAAAAUAACUACGAAGCGGAGGUUCGUGUAACUGGUUAUCCACGACCUAUAAUCGCUUGGCUGAAAGAUGGAGUAGAGAUUUACGAGGAUAUGCGAAACACCAUCAGCACUACUAUAGAGGGGCCUGAAGUUGUAAGCAAAUGGAUUAUCGAGCAUUUUGGUGAAAAAGAUGCUGGUAACUACAUAUGUCAAGCGACCAAUAUGGCUGGAGUAGCUAAAUGUCUAAGUGAGCUUACGCUCACUCGUUUUCCACCAAAGUUUUUCCGUAGCUUGCCACCUUCGCUCGAUCUUGAUCAAGGGGAACCACUUGAAUUAUUUGCGCAGUGUGAUGGUAGUCCCAUACCUUCAGUUACUUGGUACAAAGACGGAGAAAUUAUAGUGCCUAACGAUCAUGUCAAGAUCGAUGUUUUACCCGAUGGUACAAUGCGAUUAUCAAUAGAUCAAGUUAAACCUACUGACUCGGGUGCUUACAAAGUUGUUGCGUCCAAUACUGGUGGCGAUAAUCCAUCUCAAUGUGCAGUCGCCGUUAGACCUGAGUCGAUAAAGCCAUACUUCGAGAAAGGAUUAGAGGAUGCGAAUACAUUAGUCGGUGAACCCUUGAAGCUCGAGGCACAGAUAGUGGCAUUUCCGAAUCCACAAGUUCAGUGGUUUAAAGACGAUAUUCCAUUACGGCCGUCAAAGAAUAUCUACUUUACAAAUGAGCCUAAUGGUAUAAUUGGGUUAACAAUCGAUAAAUUGCGCCCGGAAGAUGCUGGUGUUUACUCACUCCUUGUAUCGAAUGAAUUAGGAGAAAUAACAGGUAUUUCGAAAGUGAAGGUUGAUGAAAGUGAGAAGCGUCCAGCUUUUAUAGCAACUCUUCACCCAACAACUGUCGUCGAAGGAUUCCCAGCCAAGCUCGAGGUUAAAUUAGUCGGCAAACCAGCACCUCUUCUUAAAUGGACUCACAACGGCAAUGAGAUUGUUCCGGAUGGCGAACAUAUAAAAAUUAUCGAACAACCUGAUGGUAGUCAGGCUCUAUUAAUCGAUAAGGCUGGUCCUAAUAAUGCGGGGGAGUAUGCUGUUCAUGCUAUUAACUCACAGGGUGAAGAAUCUUGCAAAUCUCGGCUUGAAGUUGUCCCCAAAUCGUGUGAAUCUGCACCAGAAGAGAAGCCUCAGUUCUUGUCACUGCUCCACGACGUAAGCGUUAAAGAGGGAGAACCACUCAUUUUGCAAGCUCUCUUUACUGGGAAUCCUAUUCCUGAAGUGAUUUGGAGUAAAGAUAAUAAGCCUCUGGAACCCUCAGAAUGUAUAUUGAUUAGUUGUGAUGGUAAGAAGGUUGGCCUUGAAAUCAAGCCCAGUAGUGCUAAAGAUUCAGGCGUCUAUUCGUGUGAGUUACGUAGUCCCCAAGGUUCCGAUAAGAGUAGUGCCAAUGCUACGGUUCGCAAAGUUAAUCAAGCGCCGAUAUUUACACAAAAAUUCUCAGACUUGCAACAGAUGGUAGAUUGUGAUGCUAAAUUUGCGGCACGUAUCAGUGGUAUUCCUCAGCCAGAGAUUAGUUGGUUUUUCAAUGAUAAGCUGAUAAAACCAGACAACGAUAAGUAUAAAAUAAAACGUGACGGCGAAGCUUGUUGCCUUUAUAUAAAAAAUUGCAAUACAGCUGAUGUUGGUCGUUAUAAAUGCCAAGCUACGAAUAGCGAGGGCACAACGGAUUGUGAAGCCUCUCUCGAUGUCGUUAAAGAAUUGGAUAAGACGAAGAGAAUUGAGCCACCAUCAUUUUUGAAGAGAGUAGGAGAUUGUGAAGUUUAUAAAGGUAUGACAGCCAAAUUUACGGCUUGUGUAACUGGAUACCCUGAACCCGAAUUUGAGUGGUAUCGGGAUGACACUAAACUUUGGCCGACGGAUCGAAUAUUAAUGGAAAAUGAAGGUGCUGGACUUCUAAGACUUUCGAUUUAUCAUGUUGACGAAGACGAUGCCGGAAAAUACACUCUACGAAUUUUCAAUCCUCAUGGUGAGGCAAAAUCUGCUGGCGAGAUGAUUUUCGAAUCUAUCGAGCCGAGAAACAAGAGAUUAGUCGAUCAGUAUGCUGAUUAUGACAGAUAUCGUAAAUCUGGACUCCCACUUCCUUUGUCCGAUCGUCCAAUAAUUAGUCGCAUGAUGGAUCGUCAUCUUACGCUGUCGUGGAAACCAUCAAUACCUUCAUCUCCGAGAUUGCCCGUAACUUAUCAAGUUGAAAUGUGCGAGCUCCCGGACGGCGAUUGGUUCAGUGUGCGCAGUGGCAUUCGUGGCUGCGUUUGUGAUAUUCGCAAUCUCGUACCCUUCCGUGACUACAGAUUCCGUGUUCGAGUCGAAAAUAAAUAUGGCAUCAGCGAUCCUUCGCCAUACAAUCAGACUUAUCGAGCUAAGCUUGAGCCUGACCCACCAAAGUUCUAUCCUUACUUACCACCGGGAAUCGACUUUCGACCCGAAACUAGUCCCUACUUUCCUAAAGAUUUUGACAUUGAGAGACCACCUCACGAUAAUUACGCACAAGCGCCGCGCUUCUUACGCCAGGAGUUCGAUACUCAAUACGGUGUUAAAAAUCAAAACUCCAAGCUUUUUUGGUUCGUUUAUGGCUAUCCUAAGCCAAGAAUGACCUAUUAUUUUAAUGGAGAACUUAUUGAACCUGGUGGUCGAUACGAUUAUACCUAUACAAGAAAUGGUCAAGCAACGCUCUUCAUUAACAGGAUGCUUGAGCGAGAUGUUGGCGAGUACGAAGCUGUUGCAACCAACGAGCACGGUGAGGCUAGACAGCGAGUGCGUCUUGAUAUCGCCGAGUAUCCGACUUUCAUAACGAGACCAGAUGAAACCUUCUCUAUGGUUCGCAAAACCAUCAAGAUUGAAGCUAGAGUUACAGGUGUACCAUAUCCCGAGCUUAAGUGGUAUAAAGAUUGGAAACCACUUGCUUCUUCUACUAGAAUCAAGAUCCAAUUUGUCGAGCCUGACUUAUCGAUUCUCAUAAUUGAGGAUGUGAUUCUGAAAGAUGAGGGCUUAUACUCGCUGUCGGCUUGCAACGUCGCUGGCUGCGCUUCCAGUUCAGCAAUGCUUCAUGUGGAAGAGUGCGAGACCGAUUGGCGUUAUAAAAACUAUGCGAUAACGGCGGAUGUGAAACCUCGACAGAAGCACUUUAAUGACGAUUAUGACUUUGGUGACGAGCUUGGUCGCGGUACUCAAGGCAUCACGUACCAUGCGGUCGAAAGAAAUUCAGGCAGGAAUUUUGCAGCUAAAUAUAUGCGAGGAAGUUCCGAUGUUCGGCCAUUAAUGUUGAAUGAAAUGGAUGUAAUGAAUAGUCUCAAUCAUCGUCACCUAUUACGUUUGCACGAUGUUUACGAUUAUAACUCAUCCUUCACUCUUAUCAUGGAACUAGGUGGAGGAGGUGAGCUUGUCGACACUAUCACAAGGAAUCCUUAUUAUACUGAAAGGGAAAUUGCGGGAUACAUCAGACAAAUAAUUUUGGGUCUCGAUUAUAUGCAUAAAUCUGGAUGGGCACAUCUUGGUCUUACGCUGGGAGACCUAUUAAUUUCUCAUUCAGGUGGCGAUGAUCUAAAAAUUUGUGAUUUUGGCUUAUCACGACGAAUCGUUCGAAAUAAAUUAAUGACCUUAUUGUACGGUAUGCCCGAAUAUGUUCCACCCGAAGUACCAAAUGGUGAAGGCGUUGAGUACGGAAUGGAUAUGUGGAGUACAGGUAUCAUAACUUAUAUUCUGCUCACUGGUAUUUCACCGUUCCGCGGUACCAACGAUCGUGAAACAUUAACGAGAAUCAGGGAAGGCAAAUGGAACUUUGAUGAUGAACGCUGGACAUAUAUAUCAAUCGAAGCUAAAGAUUUCAUUACCAAAUUACUCGAAUAUCAAACUGAAAGACGAAUGGAUACUGAAACGGCUCUUCGUCAUCCCUGGCUCAACUUUUCCGAGAGAGAAUCUAUGGAGUAUUACAAGAUCCCUUCGGAAUAUCUUAAAGAUUAUUAUAUUCUUUAUCGAGAUUGGUACAAGAACGCAUCAUGUCGACAAUGGUAUCGUAGACGUCGCAUAACCAGUGCCUUUGAACAUCCCUCAAAAAUGGUUUACCCACCAGGGCAUAGAUACACGCCCGAAAAAAGUCCCGAGAGGCACUUAACAUCGAUGAAGAGACCACCACCCAAGGCCUGGGAAAAUCGCAUCCCAUCUAGGGAGCCUAUCGACACAGAAAUUGGCAUAUUUAAGAACGAAAGCCAUUAUCAGAAUGGACCUGACACUUAUCUGUUACAAGUACGGGAUACUGAUUUCCCGAUACGACUUCGUAAAUAUAUGAAAGUAGCCCACAAUCGUGGGUUUGGCUAUCCACGUAUAUUCACGGAUGAGAACUAUGACUGGGCAACUCCAGCGAUCCGGGAACGGCGUCGCUUUACCGAUGUCAUGGAUGAAGAAAUUGACGAUGAGCGCAAAAAUCGUAUUAUUGGUUAUGGGACUGGAGAACCAGCUGCACCGCGCCGAUUGCGUCACGAACUCGGCACGCGCCUCGACAGCUACACCGAGGUCGAGGCCCUCCUCGAGAGCAAGCAGCCCGGACAGCCACCGUUCUUUCGCGAGAAGCCGCGCACUCAGCCGAUGAAGGAGGGCGAGACCAUACAGCUGAGCUGCCUGGCGAUUGGCAGCCCCAGACCCAUCAUCCAGUGGUUCAAAAACGAUUGCCUCGUCCAGCAGAGCAGCCGCGUUCAUCUUACUGAGGAUGAUGAUGGACGUUCCGUCCUGACUCUCGAGCCCGCGCGCGAGCACGACUUCGGCAUCUACAAGAUUGUUGCGCGCAACAAAAUCGGCCAAACGACGACUCGCAUGCGUCUCAUCCGUGCCACAUUGCCUUGUGCACCUGACUCUCCCGAGCUCAGCGAUGCCUCGUGCACUGAAAUCCUGUUGCGCUGGCGACAGCCUAGGUACAAUGGUAACGCGCCCAUCCUCUGUUACGCGCUCGAGUGUCGGCGUGCCGAUGCGGUCGAGUGGAUCGUCGUCGCCCGUAACAUCGAUCACGAGUUCUUCCUUGUGCACGAUCUCGAGCCCGGAGUCAGUUAUAAUUUCCGAUUAUCGGCGCGCAAUCGACUUGGAUGGAGCGAGUUUGGCGUACCAACACGGCUUAUGCGCACACGCUCGAUCCAAGAGGAGGUGCCCGCGCUGACGUUGACACGCGCAAUGAAUCUUGCGCAGCGCUUGACCGAGUCGGGCCGAGAGAUACUCGUGGAAGAAUCGAGAUCGCGACCGGAUUACGCCGCAGAGGCCUCGCCACCCGACUGGGACCGCGAGUCCCGUAUCGCCGAGCGUUAUAGUUUCGUGUCGGAACUCUACCGGGGACAAUUCUCCUUGGUAGCAAAGGGCGUGGAGCGCGAGACAGAACGCGUGGUCGUUGCUAAGAUGUUCGAACUGCGCCCGGAGAUAGAGCAGCGCGUCAACGAAGAGUUCGAGGCGUUGCGUUCGCUACGCCAUGAGCGAAUCGCCCAGCUGGAGGCGGCUUAUCGGCCGGCUGGUUCACCGGUUGCCUGUAUCAUCAUGGAGAAGCUGCAGGGUGCUGACGUGCUGACCUACUUAGCAAGCCGACAUGAAUAUACGGAAGACUGCGUGGCCAGUGUCGUGUCACAGCUCCUAGACGCGUUGCAGUACUUGCACUGGCGAGGCUUCUGCCACCUCGAUAUCCAACCGGACAACGUGGUAAUGGCCUCGGUGCGUGAAGUGCAGAUCAAGCUGGUUGACAUGGGUGCGGCUCACAGGAUCUCCAAAAAGGGCUGCGUCGUGCCCAUGCUCGGACAUCCGGAGUACUCAUCGCCGGAAGUAAUUAACGGCGAACUCGCUUUUCCUCAGUCGGACAUCUGGCAGGUUGGAGUACUCGCUUACGUAUUGCUCUCGGGUGUCUCACCUUUUCGUGGCGAGGAUGCCAAUGAAACGAGACAAAACAUCACCUUCGUGCGGUACCGCUUUGAAUAUUUAUACAAAGAGUUGACCCAGGAGGCUACGCGUUUCUUGAUGAUGGUCUUCAAACGUUCUCCAAGUAAAAGACCAACAGCCGACGAAUGCCAUGAACACAGAUGGUUAAUGCCUUCUGAGUAUAUGAUCAAGAAGCGUGAACGAUCGGUAUUUUUGGGUAACAGGCUAAAGGAAUACAACGAGGAAUAUCACGAAGCGAAGCGCAGGCAGGCGUCACAAGGUGAAGCUUUGGCCGAGGCAUUAGGCUCAUCCAGACAACUCGCUAGAUCGAAUAGUAUACAGGACGAGCUGCUCACGACAUUCUGAACGUGUUUCGUUCGGAAGCUUGGCUACUAAAUCAACACUCUCAGUCGAAUGAAUCUAGUCAGCUGCGUGAGAAAGAUGGAGAAAAAUGGAAGUGUGUGUGUGCGUGCGUGCGUGUGAGAAAGAAAAUGAGAGAGAAUAAACGCGCGAUGCGAGAGAAAAGGGAAGAUAAAAAUUAGUUAUAUUAAAUGGAAAAGUCCAAUUGGAGGUAUUUCUUGUUUUGUCUUGUUAUAAUCUAUAUAUUUGUUAUAUUUUGUCAUCACAACUGUUAAAUGUCUAAUUGAGAUUUAAUAGUUUCAAGUAGUCAACCUUUGUACAUCCUCCCGUUAUUCUUUUUAAAUUAUGUAAUUUUGACCUUUCAUACGAGCAAGAGUAAAUACGUUAAUAAAACAGAAUGUUAAGCCUGA